AUGGCGAGUGUCCGCGAGCGGGAGGAGAUCAUCCGGAUGCUGCGGGAGCAGGAGCACCUGGAGAUGGCCAUCCAGCAGGAGGAGGCGGACAGGAGGGGCCGCGAGGGGGCCAGGAGGGCCACGGCAGAGGCGCUGGAGCGGCAGCUGGAGGAGGCUGCCAGGGCCAGGGUCCAGGGCGAGGAGGAGGAUCGGAGAUACAGGGAUCAGAUGGUCUCUCGGUUGGAGUCGAUGAAGAAGCGGGACCUAGAAAAGGAGCUGAAGUCGAAACAGAAGCAGAAGCAGUACGCCGCCGACCUGAAGAGGCAGAUAGAGGAGAACGCCAAGCGGAGACAGAAGGAGAGGGAACUGGAGGAGAACAGAGCCAAGAGCGUGUUCGAUUACGGGAACGCUUGGGAUGCGGAAGUGGCAGAAGAGAGGAGGAAGAUAGUGUCAGAGCACGCCCCCUCGCUGCUCGGCUAUUUGCAGCCUGGCAGCCUGCUGCCCUCCGACUUGGCACCCGGCUUGGCAGAGAUGUGCCAAGCCAAGGCCGGGAGCUCCAAGGCCCCUCCCCGCCGGCCCAAAUGCAACCCCCAGUGCAGGGUGCUCCGCCAGUAC